AUGAAAGCGAACGGUUUUAGGGAUGAUGGAGACUGGCGCGACCUGCGUAAUCAAGCCAUCGUCUUCUUCGAUGAGUAUAUGAAGGAGUCUGGUACCGAACUUAUCAAGCUUGCCGAGCUCACUCAAUUUAUCGUCUUGAAGCAGUCCCUCUGCUACCUCUUUGAGGGCGCUCAAGAAGCCCUAGAAAGAAGCAAAACGCAGUUCGACGACGUCAAGUUUAUUUGUCGUCGCAUUAAUGAACUUUGGAUCCGGUCCAAGAUGACGGAAGCCGAACUAGACGGAGCGAAGGCACCCAUAUGGAGCGAUGAGGAAGACUUUCAUGCCGCACUACGCCGAGUGACUGUUAGCAAAAAGACUUUCGACAUGCCAGGUAUGUUCCCUGAAGAUGUACCCGACGACAAGCCUGGAGACACGACAACACUCGAUCCGACUAAGCCCACGGAGAACCCGAUGAAUCUCCUUCUGCCAGUAUAUGAAACGAUGUGGCGAGUCGUCAUGCGUUGCUUCUUGGAGAUCAAGCACCGCGGUGCGCCCAAUAGAUCGGAUUGGACAGCUAUCCUUAGAGGCUACCUCGAAGAUCUUGGUGAUCUAGCGUGUAGACCAAAUGACGCCUUUCACAAGAGCUCCACGACAGCUAGCAGUGUACGGCCAGCUGAGAUCGUCAAAGAAGCGUUGCGUCUAUACCCUCCCACUCGUCGCGUUCAUCGAAUGUACUAUGACGAGCAGGUCGCUGCAAACAUAGAAGAGUGCCACAGGUUCGAAAUACUUGGAGGACAAGACCCUCUUACGUUCCGCCCGGAGCGCUGGCAGAACAUUUGCACCGCACAACGGCAGGACUUCUAUAACAAAGCAGCGCUAUCCGCUUCUAUUCAGAAAGAUUGGUUGAAUUACCGGACCGCCAAGGAUACCCUCAAAAAUGAAGAGGCAAAAUUAGGAUAUAUGCCAUUUGCGCACUACUGUGCCGCUGAUCACCCCAAGACGAAAGAGUUUGCUUCUAAGAUGAUUGCAUUGGUCGUGGCUGUGCUCUGCAAUGGGCUCAAGGACGAGUGGGAGUUGGCCGAUCCUACGAGCCUGCCAUUGACUGGAGUACCUUUGGACUCCGAUCGCGCAGCGUACGAGGGUCUGAAGUUGAAGCGUAAGGCUUAUUCAAUUGGCAAUGAGGGAGGUUUUGACUAG